UCCGGCCCCGCCCCCGCCCCGGGCCAUGGCCCAGCCCUUGUCCCGGCCCCUCGUCCUAUCCCGAUCCAGGCCUUGGCCCCCGGCCCCGCCCUCGCCCCGCUUCCCAAAUGGGUCCCGGUCCCGGCCUGCGUCCCAGCGAAUGCCCAGACCCGCGUCCCAACCCAGGCCCCACCUCCACUCCCAGUCCCUGGCCUGGCCCCCAUCCCCGCCUCUGUCCUUGUUCCACCUCCUGUCACAAAGCCCAGCACAGCCGGUAUCCCAAACCCAUUCCCAGUGUUUUCGUAAGCCCCGGGCCCAACCCCUGCCCUUGCUCCAGUCCCCAUCACAGCCCCUCCUUCCAUCCCGUCUCCUGCCCUUGUUCAAGGCACAGGGUCCAGCCCAGCCCAACCCAUUAUCUCAGCCUUUGCCCUCAUCUCUGUGUUUACCCAAGUCUCUCCCACUACCCACUCCUUUCUCUCAUACCCUGCCCCUCUCCCAGCCUCGACUCAGGUCUGGGCUCCAGCUGCCGCCAGCCCUGUUGCUGCUUUUGCUGUUCUCUGUCCUUGGCCCAGGGGCUGGAGGCCUCUUCCUGACUGACUACUCCACCUGCUCACCCCGCAAGCUGAGCCCCUUCCGCUCCUUUGCCAGCGCUGAGCUCUUCCACUUCCACGUUCCUGAGGACACAUUCCUGGCUGUUUGGAACCUCAUCAUCUUCAAGGAGCAGGGGGGGACCUUUGGGGACCACUGCCCAGACCAAAGUGUGACUGUGUAUUUCCGGUCCGGGGCACCCCCUGUCAUCAAUCCCCUGCACACACACUUCCCAGGGGACACGGCUGUGCCUGGGGUUUUCUCACUGACCCUCAGCUGGACGCUGCCCAACCGUACCUCGGGCAUCUUUAACGUCAGCAGCCCCUUACCUGGGGACUGGUUCUUGGCUGCCCACCUUCCCCAGGCCCAUGGCCACAUCUCUGUCAAGGGUCUCCAGGAUGAGUGUCAGUACCUCCUUCAGCCACAGCUGAUCGUCCGGCGUUUGCUGGACGUUGCAGUGCUGGUGCCUGGCCGUCCCUCAGAGCAAACCCUCUCUCCCCACAAUCGCUCGGCCCUGUACAAGGUCUUUGUGCCCAGCUUCACUUACAGGGUUUCAGCGCAGCUGGUGUGUGUGGGGGGCCAUGGGGCAUCCGCCUGCCCCCUGACACUGUGCCUACGCCCCAAGGCCCCACCGCUGCACAACUCAAGCACUGUGGCCUGUGGCAGUGCCUCGGUAUGUCAGCUGGAGCUGGUACUGCCCCCCUGGGGGCACUGGGUCUACGUACGUGUGGAGACACCAUCCCAGGUCCCUGGCAGGACCAUCCGCUUCCAGCUGUGUGUGCGGUUGCAAGAGUGCCCACAGCCCAGCCUGUCCCGUACCCUGGUCCCCGGAGCUGCCAUGAACAUGCCUCAGUCGCUGGGCAACCAGCCACUGCCCCCAGAGCCGCCAUCCCCUGGGGCCCCUGUGGAGGGGCCUGGGGCCACAUCCCCACCUGAGCACUGCUGGCCAGUGCGCCCGACGCUGCGCAAUGAGCUGGAUACCUUCUCCGUUCACUUCUACAUCUUCUUUGGCCCCAGCGUGGCCCUGCCCCCCGAGCAGCCCGCCGUGUUUGCCCUGAGACUGCUGCCAGUGCUGGACAGCGGAGGCGUCCUCAGCCUGGAGCUCCAGCUCAAUGCGAGCUCUCUGCGCCAGGAAAACGUGACAGUGUUUGGAUGUCUGACUCACGAGGUGCCCCUGAGCCUGGGGGAGGCAGCAGUGACCUGUUCCAAAGAGUCCCUGGCCGGCUUCCUCCUCUCGGUCAGUGCCACCUCCAGAGUGGCCAGGCUGCGGAUGCCCUUCCCGCAGACGGGGACCUGGUUCCUGACUCUCCGCUCCCUGUGCGGGGCGGGGCCUCGGUUCGUGCGGUGCCUGAACGCGACGGCCGAGGUGCGGCUGCGCACCUUCCUGUCGCCGUGCGUGGACGACUGCGGGCCCUACGGCCAGUGCAAGCUGCUGCGCACGCACAACUACCUGUACGCGGCCUGCGAGUGCAAGGCCGGGUGGCGAGGCUGGGGCUGCACCGACAGUGCCGAUGCACUCACCUACGGAUUCCAGCUGCUGUCCACACUACUGCUCUGCCUGAGCAACCUCAUGUUUUUGCCACCUGUGGUCCUGGCCAUUCGGAGCCGAUACGUGCUAGAAGCUGCUGUCUACACCUUCACCAUGUUCUUCUCCACGUUCUAUCAUGCCUGUGACCAGCCAGGCAUUGUGGUUUUCUGCAUCAUGGACUACGAUGUACUGCAGUUCUGUGAUUUCCUGGGCUCCUUAAUGUCCGUGUGGGUCACUGUCAUUGCCAUGGCUCGUUUACAGCCUGUGGUCAAGCAGGUGCUGUAUUUGCUGGGGGCUAUGCUGCUGUCCAUGGCUCUGCAGCUUGACCGUCAUGGACUCUGGAACCUGCUUGGACCCAGUCUCUUCGCCCUGGGGAUCUUGGCCACAGCCUGGACAGUGCGCAGUGUCCGCCGCCGGCACUGCUACCCGCCCACAUGGCGCCGCUGGCUUUUCUACCUGUGCCCGGGCAGCCUCAUUGCUGGCAGUGCCGUCCUACUCUACGCUUUCGUGGAGACGCGAGACAACUACUUCUACAUUCACAGCAUUUGGCAUAUGCUCAUCGCUGGCAGUGUGGGCUUCUUGCUGCCCCCUCGUGCCAAGACCGACCACCGGGUCCCGUCAGGAGCCCGGGCCCGGGGCUGCGGUUACCAGCUGUGCAUCAAUGAGCAGGAGGAGCUGGGCCUUGUGGGCCCUGGAGGGGCCACUGUCAGCAGCAUCUGUGCCAGCUGAGGGAGGCUUUGGGCCUGGUCCUUGGGGAACAUGAACUCUUCCUGUGGGUAGAGAGCCUUUCCUGGGUUCUUCCGGGGAGUGUGGAGCCUUUCUGGGGACAGGAGACAAGUUGUAUUUCUUGAUGACAUGGAGUCUUUCUUAAGGACAUGAACUCUUCCAGGGACCUGGCACACCUCCUGUGUCCUGGGGUCCUCCUGCAUCCAUGGAGUCCUUCUUAAGGACUGAAGCCUGUGCAGAGCCGCAGAGCCCCUCUGUGUGGACCCCUUCCCAGAGAUGUGGAGCCCUCCUGGGGACAUGGAUUCCUUCCCAGGGAGACAGCCCUUUCAGGAACAUGGCAUUAUUCCUGAGGAAAUGGGGUCCAUCUUGAGGAAACCGAGUCUCCAAUCUUCCCAGCAGCUCAGCAACUCUGGCCUCAGGCUUCCUUUCCAGACACAGCAUCUGGGCUGUUCUGUGCUGGGAGGGGGGAUUGCAGGACAGAUGGGGCUGGGAUGGCUCGUUUCCUGAGUUGAUGCAGGUGGAGUCACGUGUGUCUCCAAUGAAGUAUUUGCUGGUUCUGUGCUGCCUUUUUCCUGGGCCAAGGGUGUGUGU